AGGAGCCACCGUCCAGCCACACCUUCUCUCACUGACUUCUGGGAGUUGUAGUCCUUCAUUACGGGUGUAGAAAUGGCGGCCUCCAUGGCAGAAAGUUGUAGGGCGUCCCUGUACCUGGCCCGGAGCCUCCGAAUGGCCAAGCCACGACUUGCUGCUCUCGCGUCUGGUGUCUGCCGUGUCUGCACGGGCCCAAGCCCGUUUCAGAGCCGGUUUCAGAGCACCGGGCCUUCCGAGCCCGGUGGGUUCAAGCCGCCGCCGAAACCUGUCAUCGUGGACCAGCGCCGAGCCCCGGACGAAGAGAGAAGAUUCCUGAGUCCUGAAUUCAUCCCUCCAAGGGGGAGAACAAACCCUCUGAAAUUUAAGAUAGAAAGGAAAGACAUGCUAGACAGGAGAACGGUGCUUCCCAUUCCAGAGUUCUAUGUCGGAAGCAUACUGCGUGUUACCACAGCCGACCCCUAUGCCAGUGGAAAAACCAGCCAGUUCCUGGGGAUUUGCAUCAAGCGAUCAGGAAAUGGCCUUGGAGCUACUUUCACCCUCAGGAACACGAUUGAAGGACAGGGUGUGGAGAUUUGCUUUGAACUGUAUAAUCCUCGAAUCCAUGAGAUCCAAGUGGUGAAGUUAGAGAAGCGGCUGGAUGACAACCUGCUCUACUUACGGGACGCUCUUCCCGAGUACAGCACCUUUGACGUCAAUAUGAAGCCGGUCCCACAUGAGUCCUGCCAGGAAGUGCCUGUUAACAAGCUGAAAGUUAAAAUGAAGCCAAAGCCAUGGUCCAAACGCUGGGAACGUCCGAAUUUCAACAUUAAAGGAAUCAGAUUCGAUCUUGCUUUAACUGAAGAGCAAAUGAAAGAAGCCCAGAAGUGGAGCAAGCCAUGGCUUGAAUUUGAUAUGAUGAGAGAGUAUGACACUUCAAAAAUUGAAGCUGCAUUGUGGGAAGAAAUAGAAGCAUCAAAGAAGUCUUGAUCCUGGGACUGGUCAGUGGUUCAACAGGUAAUCAUGCUUGCUGUGCAGGCCUGACCUGAUUUGACUCUGGAACCCAGGGUGGAAGGAGAGUAUGGACUCCUAAAAGCUGCCCCUUUGGCUUCUAUGCCACACCCUUGCCUAUGUGGACUGCAAUUACACACACACUUAAAAAGUAUCUUUCUUUUAAGCCCUUGUUCUGAGAAUGCCUUUGGUUAAUAUAUUGGCUCUCAGGAUUUGGUUUGAAAGCCAUUAUGUCUGCUUUGUAAGAACACAGUGAUUAAAUGAGCAUUCCUUCCUCACCUUUUUGUACCUAGCAUAAAGUCUGCAUUGUCAGUUUAUUGCUCUAAAAAGAGAAACAACCUGACACUCACUCCUUUCUGAAGCCAGUGAAGUUAGUGUCACCAGAAUAAGAUGUACUGGGAGCAAGGGGAGUAGAUUGGGGAAAAAUCAGAAAUACGUAACAGUGUGCAAGUUAAAAUAGGGGCUGUAGAGGUGGCUCAGUAGUUAAGAGCACUUGCUGCUCUUACAGAGGACCUGAGUUUAGUUCCCAGCACCCAGGCCUAUAUGCAUGUACAUGGUUGUCCAGAGACCACAUGUGGUAGUUUGAAUAAGCUUGGCCCAUAGGGAGUGGUACUUUUAGGAAGUGUGGCCAUGUUGGAGAUGUGUUUCACUGUGGUGGUGGGCUAUGAGGUCUCAUAUGUUCAAGUCUGGUCAGUCAGGCUUUCCUAGCUGUUGUGUCAAGAUGCAGAACUCUCAGCUUCGUGUCUGCCUGGACACUGCCAUGCUUCCUGCCAUGAUGUUAAUGGACUGAAGCUCUGAAACUGUAAGCCAACCUCGAUUAAAUGGAGUCUCUUUACAGCAAUGAAACCAUAGCUAAGACAACCCACCUGACAUGGGUGCUAGGAAUUGAACUCAAGUCCUUUGGAGGAGCAGUAUGUGCUAUCUCUCUAGUGUUAAAUGUCUAGUUUUAACAGGCUCAUUAACAGGUAGAGAAGAGUCCUGUUUUGCUAUGUGGCAGUUUUAAGGAGAAUGUGGGAGUCUUGAGUUGUCAUUUGGCUUCAUUUCCCACAAGUUUACAAAAGCCACUUGUGAGGAAUUCCAUGAGUAAAAUUACAAGUGAAGUCUGCUAAACAGAAGACACCUCAGGGUACCUGGCAGGGCCAGUGUGGACUGGGUGAUGAGUGUCCAGCAGGAAGGCAGUCAGAGAGAGUGUAUUUUCUUAUUUUCUAUAUGAAUCGAAUUUCAGCUCUUGGUGGUCACAACAGUCCCUCUAUGGUUAUGAAUCAAAUGUCAGCUCUUUGUGGUCACAACAGUCCCUCUAUGGGGACAGAAGUGUACUUGGUAUUCCAUGCAGCUGAACAUGGAUUGGGAAGCUGGGAUGCAUCAGAGUAAAGGCUAACCCACCUGUGACAUCACAGUGCUAGCCUGGACCUCAGGACCAUUUUUCUGUUGAGCUGCUCUGCAUUCUGUGUCUUCAUUUUCCUGGCUGCUAACUCCUUUAAAUUGAAUUAUUCUAGUUUCCAGAGAUGUGCAUGUGUGUGGACCCCCAUGAUCUAUCUCAUGAUCAGGCUCAUGAGUCCUUUCAUCAUGUGGCCCGUUUCCUCUUGAGAUUGUCUGGCCUGUACUGUCACUCUGCUCUGAAGUUUCCACGUUACAGAAUCUACUUAAAUAGCAUUUCAGUGCUGUGCUGAGAAACCCAGAGUCAUUUGGGUUUCUCCUCCUUAGGUAUGACUUGAGAGUAUGCAGUUUUAGUCUUCAUAGCAGUGAAUCUCAGUGUUGUGUCUUGGUGCAGGUACAGGCACAUUUCUACCAUAGUUUAGGGCUUUGGGUAAGCUUCUCAUGCAGUGACUCAUGUUCUGGAGACUUGGCUCUUGUUGCUGGUUUUCUCUCCUCUGCUUCUGUUUUCCUGGAACCAUUAUUUGGAGUUUAGAUACUGAGUACCUUUUUUAUUUAAGUGUUUGCUUGGGUGACUGCAUCGGAUCCCCUGGAGCUGGAGUUACAGGUGGUUGUGAGUCGCCUGGUAUGGGUGCUGGGAGGCAAACUCCACUGAGUCUCCCCAGUCUCUGCCUCUGAGACACAGGUCUCUGAUUUCCCUUUGGAGUCUCCCGUUAGAUCAGUAACUUCCCUGUUCAGGUGGAUAGAAAUCUGAGACGGAGCUAAGGCUCAUUCAGUCAUCUUGGUUUUUUUAAUACUGGUCUGGGGAUCCCCCACUGAGUAACAUGGCCCUAGGUUGUUCUCCUGUAUGUUUUAUUUCCCUGAACCUGUUUCAGUGUUGACAUUAAAUUCAUGUGUCAGUUUAAGGAGAGUAAGACUUUACCUAAAAUUAGUUUUCUAAUUCACGAACAUGGUCUAUCUCCAUUUAAGCCUUUUAAGUUUUCUUUGUCAGGUGUGGUAAUCCUAAGGCUUGGGAGGCAGAGGCAGGAGAGUUUCAAGAUCAAUGUCACUUACACUUCAGAAUGAGACCCAGUCUCCACAAAAGAAUAAGACAAAAGAACCAUCAGAGAUAGAGAAUGAAAGUGUUUUGUUUCUGGGUACUAAAGUUUUUGUCAUGGUCUCAUGUAUCCCCAGCUGGUUUGCAGCUCACUGGGUCUGUGAGUGACUCACCAGAUGAGUGUGUGCACUUGCUGUGUCAGUUCCUAGGAGGCAGGAGUAACAACUUGGAAACAGCAGCAGAGUUCGCACCACAAUAUGUUUCAAAGAAGCUUGGAAGUUCACAUUCCAGGCAUAAUGGAAUUUAAAAGCGAUAGCUUACUGUUUUGCAUCCCAUGAAAAACAGAGCAUCUGCAGAGCUUAGAGGAAUGAGAGCAUGUGCAUCCACAUGUCCAUCUCUAAGAAUCCAAAGUUAGAGAAUAGUUUCCACAAGUGCACUUUAACAUUAAAAAAUUUAGAAAAUUUAUAUGUAGUAAAGUCUCUACCAUUUAUAUACAAAACUUUCUGUACACAUAUACACAUGCUUUUGUAAUGAGCAAAUAUCUAAAAUGACAACAUGGAGAAAAUAAAUAUAGGGUCAUCAUUGAGUUGCUUAACAAAUAUACUUAAGAACACUAAUAAAAUCAUUGAGAAAAGUU